GCCUCGCUAUAAAUGAAAAGGCUGCUUUAACUUUCCUGUUUUUGUGCUGGGGAUAUUUCUGCAUUAUCACGACUCACCAAGCCCCCUCAGCUAACAGGAAGCUGGUCUACAAACUAAGAGCCAGGCGAGAGAGAGUCAUGCUCCGCUGCAGGAGGUGUCGAAAGGGCAUCCUUGACUCAACAUGUCUGUUAAUGCAGGAUGAGGAUACAGAUGACAGCUCAGUGGCAGCGUGCAGUAUUUGGCACGUGAACGUCGAUACACUGCCAGAGUGGAUCCUGACCUCGGUAAACCAGGCUCAAUGGACUAUGGGAAAACUGAACUGCUGGAAUUGUUCAGCUCGUUUGGGCGGCUUCAACUUCAUCAAUCACAUCGAGUGUCCCUGUGGUCUGGAUGCCACGGUCCACCUCAGCAAAAGCCGCGUGGAUCGUGAAAACAAAAACUGCGUUCUCAUCGUCCAGCCGAGGAGGACGAGGCCUGAGAGGGGACACCCUGGUGGGUUGACAGAAGACUGUCAGAACAGAGAGCAGAAGCCUGAAUCCAGCAGGACAGCCCUGGAAAGUUUACAGCUGAACUGUGCUGCAGUCACCGUGUCCCCCAGAGGCCCUUCACAAGCCUCUAACGGCCUGUCAGGAAGUGACAGCACCCAGCUGUUUUCCUUCAGUCCUCUGAACUGCAUCUCUCACAGGAGACGCUGCAGCCUGGACGAGGAUGUCGCCAUCAGGUCGUCGUGUUUCUGCACUGCUGGCCCUGUGCUGAAGUCUGCCGUGGAGUUGACGAGCAGUGGGGUGGAGGAGUCGACGUGGUCGCCUGUCUCAUAUCCCAUAAGUCAGCAGUUUGACACUGAUGGUGAAGCCUCGGUCAGUUCUGUGGCCUGUCAUUGGUUUGUCUCUGAAAGGACUCCUCUAGAGGAGCAGCUGCUGCAGUCUGUGGAGGACACCGAGUCUUCUCCAGACACCACAGACAUCCACGAGGAGGUUUCUGGCUCAGCUCUGUUCCUCAGAGGGAGAUCAAUCUCUGACAGCGUAGCAGAGCAGGAGCAGGAAGUGAUGCCUCAAGUUUUUCCAACCUCCCUGGGGUCGAGCAGGCUGAGCAAAAAAGAGAAAAACCGACUGAAGAGUCUCCGGAGGAAACAGAGAAGGAGAGAGCGAUGGCUGCACAGUCAGCUGGAGCAGGAGCAGACUGAGAAUGUGAGAUCUUCACUGUUGGACAGUGAGGAGGAGGACAGAGAAGGCCUCACCUGUGCCGUGUGUCUGGACGUGUACUUCAGCCCAUACACGUGUCAGCCCUGCGGUCACGUCUUCUGUGAGCCAUGUCUGCGCACGAUCGCCAAGAACCGACCAGCAAACACACCCUGCCCGCUCUGCCGCACACUCAUCUCACAUGCCAACUUCCAUAAAGAGCUCAACCAAACAGCGAAGACCUUUUUCCCCAAAGUUUACUACGACCGCAAGCAGAACUUCUACACUGCUCCGUGUGCCAAAUGGCCACUGCCCUGCUGUCGCAAACGCUUCAGGGCUUUCUGGGGAGAGCGCAGACAUGCAGGAAUGGCCGGUAGACACUGGGACUUUGUCCACAGAGGUUUCACUCUGGGUGCUUUGGACCUCACCGACAUGCGCGGCUGGCUCUUUGACAUUGGCCUGGUCAUCGUCUACAUCCACUCAGUCAACUGGAUCCUAGUGCUGCUGCUCCUCGGUUUCCUCAUGUACUACUUUCUCUUUUGAGACUGAGAGAAGUGUAGAAUUUGAAGUGCAGGUUUAACUGUAUUUUUUUUUUUAUUUGGAGAGUGAAUCUGAGUGUUUGUGGUCUAACCAGUUUGAACUGCAGCAGGAGUCUGAAUAGCUGCAGGACUGAAAAGUGCCAAAAUGUUUGGAAGAGUUAAAUCUAAGCGUAAAUAUCAUAACUGUCUUUUAAAGUACUUUGAAAAAAUCAAGCUUUUCUCUCAUCUGUUUUGGUCCUUUCUAUCCUGGAGUCUUUAAAAAUGUAACAGUGCUUUAGUCAGGUUAUAAACCUAACCUACUCCUUAGUUCAAAAUAACCAUAGUUCAAUUCAAUUCAAACAGCUUCAUUAAUCCCUCAAGGGGCAAUUAGUUGUGCAUAGUGCUUUCACACAUGUACAAAACUGCUGAAAUUUUUAGGGUGAGCUGCAUGUGUGAACUCAAACUUCACCUAGACUUUUCUGCCAGCCCCAGAACAAACUUUUCAUGCAAGGUGAACCAAUGUGUGAACAAAGCAGGAUUUAAUCAAAAAGAUUCCCCAAGAGCGUGCUGGAGGGUUGAUGACGUUAAUAAUCUUGUGACUAGCCCAUGACUGUUGUUUCCUCUGUGCAAGUAAUGACUCUGCUUUAUCAGGUUUUCUGUUUGCCAGUUCAUUGAAAACUGUUCUAGAUUUACUUCAUUCAGGUGAUUAAACACAUUAAAAAUAGUACCUAAAUA